AAUCCAGCUUUUUGGACGGCUGAAUUUGUCUCCCACUUUACUUUCUCCCGUCAAAUUGCCUUUAUAUUCCUUCAUUGUCUCCCUUCUUUACCAUCAUCCCCUUCUUAUAAGAGAACCCAUUUGCCUCCUUCCCCCAAAUUCCCCAUUAGAGUUAGCACUCCAUCUCAAGUUGGGUUUUCUUCCCCCCUUUGAGAAAGGGAGAAAGAAAACGCCAACCAAUCAAAACCACAUUGCAUUCUCAUCUCCUGGAUAGAGAGAGAUAGCAGAACAGCAAUGGCAAGUUCAUAUUGUCACCAUGCUGCCCGAAACUCUUCAUCCCAUAGAGGACUAGCCAUGGUGUUAGCUCUGACGACGGCUGUCGUGCUAUCGCCACUGUACGCCAGCGGUAAGAAUGACCAUUCCUCAUCGCGAUUUUAUCCCCAUUACGAGCCCGGUUGGAGCUCUGGUUUGGUCCUUCCGGUGGUCCUGGCAGGGUUGAUAAUCGCCAUCAAGACAACAUCAUCGAGCAGCUCGACGGCUAAUGGAGGUGGGAGCUCAUUUGGGUCGUCGUUGGUUCUAUCACCGGACCCUUCUUGGGUGCUCAGGAUUGGGAGCUCGUCUUGGGGGCUUGCUGGGAUAUUGGUCAUGCUCAUGCUUGUGUUGUCUUGGCAAGAAUCUGCUCAGCAUUUCUUCUGGAGAUAGUGAGAAACGAUAGAAAUGUAGCAAUUUAUGUAUAUUUUGGAUCAUGUCAAUUAGUUUCUAUCCUGAUAUUACAAAGCUAUGUUAUCAUAUUUAUGUACUAUGAGUUGGGAGAGCUUGUACGCUCAAUUGAAGUUGUUAAUUUAGUUCAUGUCCAAGUUUCGAGUCUCCAGAUUUGGGUUCGAAUCAGGUGCUAACGAGAUAAGCAUCAUGUUAUAGAGAUGAAGUAAGGCAGACAGAUUGACAAUGUUUAGGUUUAGCGUUUAAUUAAUAGAAACGAUCAAG